GUGCUAUAUUAACACACAUAAAAAUUAGUUUUAUUUAUAAUAAAGUGUGUAUACAGCGUUCGGUCUAUACUUCUACAUUUCUUCCACUCACUUGCAAAUAUUUGAUUUUUGUAUUUUUUAAUUAAAAUUGAAGGUAAAAAAUUUAAUAUAGCACUAUAUACACUUUUUUUUCUUCCUCCAUUAUGUUUCAGUGCUGCCGAUUUGAUCAGCUGUCAACAAUGACAGCUAGCAUUGGACGUUCGCCCCAUUUUUCUGCUACGCUACGCGACAGAAUUGAAACGAACGACAGACCGAAUAUGAAUCGCCAGCCUGGUUAGCUGAGUUGUAGCAUAGUACAAAAUGGCCACAACACUCCGGCGAUGGCUGUGUCGUUCGUCGUUCGUUGCUCGUUGUGUGUCGUACGUGCGCUCGCUCGCUCUUCGCUCUAAUUAAUAUUUAACAAUAUAUUUUAAUUAACUGAAAAAGAGACUUUAACUCUUAAUAAAUAAAUAAAUAAAAAAAAAAUAAAGAAAGUGUUAAAAACACGUUCAUUUUUAAACGCCAGCUGAUAUUAAUAUCAAUAUAAAAACAACACAGCAGCAAAUGCAAAAUCCGAGUUACAUAGAUAUUUUUAUAUUUUGAUCACCAGAGUUAAAACACUGCACCAAACUACGGAAAAAGGACGGUUUCACCGUUUUUCCUAAUUACGUAUAAAAUAUAUGAAUACACAUAUAUGUAUACCAAUAUGACUAAUCAAAGUGAGAUUUAGUUCCACAUUUUAUACCUAUGUAUAUAUUUAAAUAAUUAAAACACCAAUAUAUACAGAAUUAUUCGCUUAUAUUGCACUAAAUUUGGAUAUUGUGAGUUUUUUAAAUUUAUAUAAAUCGCAAUUAGGAACGUUUAAAAUAAUAUUUAAGACACAGCACAAGUCACAAAAAAUUAAGAAAAUUCACGGAAGACGGCGACGACAAGAAAUUUUCUACUCGUAAGACGGAAGGUCUACGCAGUGAAACGACGACGGUUUCUCGUGCUCGUCGCUGAGCCAAAAAUCAACUGUGUUCCUCAAGUCGCGUUCGAAUUGUUCGCUCCGCGAGACGCGGCGCGGCAACGAACUGCGCUCAGUGUCAAGCGGUAACCGCAACAACGGCAGGCAAAAGCCACGGCAACAAAUCAAAAUUUAAAAGAUUCAAUAACGCGACACUGCAAACGAGACUAGAGCCGAAGCGUUUCGGAGAGUAAAAAAUUUUCUCCAGAAACAAAAUUGAGAUAGUGCGCGGGAGAGAAAAGUAAAUGUGCGCGUGUAUAAGUUCAUGUGCGGAAAGUUAAUACUUUGUAAAUGAAGAAGCACCACGUUCGUUGUUGACGCUGAUACAGCGACGUCGGGUUUAACUAAUAUUUUAUUUUCCACAUAUAUACAUAUAUAUAUUUAUAUAUACAUAUGUAUAUAUAUUAAAUGUUGUUGUUUAAAACUAAAGUACGGUUAUUUGUUAUCGUUUAGCACGGUGUUGUUUAAAUUAAUAACAAUGAAAUUUCCACAAUCUUGGCUAUUAAAAAAUCAAUAAAGAAAAAGGUGUGUACUGUUCGAGUCUGGCAUUUAAAUCAUCGAAAAGCCCCACACCCAGCAUUCAUUACAAGCAGAACAACAACCACAGGGAAAGCUGAAAGCGAUGACCAAAAAAAUCUAUGCAACUUUAUCAUAAUUUGUUAAAUAAAAGAUAUAAAAAGAGACUGUGACAAGGAGAAACAAAUAUAGAAAACAACAAAAGGAGAAAGAACGGAAGACUUAAUUUUCUAGUAUUUGGAAUGAAAUACAAAAAACUGUAAGAUUUACUUCACGGAAAACGCCACACUAACCUACGUUUACUUUGCACACAAAUUUGAACACGAACUGUUGGCGUUCAUAGUAAACAUAGUAAUCAACAAAUAUUUCGUAAGAAUUUUUUUGUUUUUGCAUUGAAUAAACACAUCCUAAAGUUUCGAAAACUGUGACGAACGUAACGCAAGAAAAAAAGGAAAGAAUAAAUAAACAAAUUUUACAUUCACAUAAGUAUGUAAAUUGAUAAGGCCAGCAAGCUAAAAUUCAGCCUUCAAGCAUAUCAAUCUAAGCUUCUAUAUACUAUACAUACAUAUAUAACUUGAGUCGAGCAAAAGGAAUCAUUGAAGUGACCUAGUAUACUGACAACUAGUGUUGAAAAGUAAAUAGAGAUAAAAAAAGAAAAAAACCAAAAGACCUACAAUUCACUAGUUGGACUGUGCAAAUGUAUAUCACUAACAGCAACAACAUUGGUAUGGCCACGUUGUUGCAACAGAAUAAGGCUACUUGCAUGAAGACCCUUAUCAAUGGUGGUGGCAACGGCAACAACAACGGUAAUAGCGGAAAUAAUGUCAAUUCUGGCAUAGUUGUUGGCAGCCUUGUAAGUGGCGUCGGAACGGGAACAGCGCAAGUAGGUGGAGCAACGGUAGCAACUGUUGUUGGUGGUGGCGGUGCAACAAAUAUUGCUGGUUUAAGCAGCGGAAGUAAUAUAGUUUUGUCCACUGGUCAAGCCAUUGUGCUUACCAAUGGAGCCGGUGCUAGUAGUAUAAUAAACUAUCAACAGUAUCAACAGUUGUUGCAACAACAGCAGCAACAACAAUCAAUACAUCAGCCCCAACAACAACAGUUAAACACUAUUGCUACGACAACCACAACAGCAGGUACACGCGUAUUGAUGCCUCAUGAAAUGGUAACUCUUCCUAUUAGUAGUAUUGUAACAACGAGUGGAGGCGGCUUAGCAUUGAUAACCAGCGCUAAUACGGCAGGCGGGAAUGCAGCACCAACACAAGGCCAUUUCUUGGUGGCAGCCACAGCAAGUCCCACGGUAGUACAUCCUAUUCAGACAACCACAAUGGGUUCCACCAAUGCAAAUAUCAGUAGCUUCCAGCAACAAUUCCAACAACAAAUUGCUGCACAGAAUUCAACUGUAAGCAAUGUCGUAUCUUCAGCUUCGAAUAACCGUACAACAACUACUGUUUAUACACAGCAACCAAAUACUACAGGUGUAGUACAAACAGUGCCUACAACACGUUACUUUUCGCAAUUUAGCAAUCAGCAACAACCUACAUCUAGUAUUAGUACUGGGACAACAGCAACAAAAAUUGUCGCCACCAAAGCCACGGGCAAUCGUACCACACAUGUACUCAUCAAUCGUUCUAAUAAUACUAUAAUCGCUGGAAAUACCACGCAACGCCUGCAACAUGCUAAAAUACUAAAUAAACCACCGACGAAUAUAGCAGCGAAUGCGGCAUCUGUCGUUAAGAAUGUCGUUGUCGCUAAUAAGUCACAAAUUUAUCAUAAUUCUCAGUCUCCUGCCAUACAAACUGUAAAACUACAACAGCAGCAGCAGCAACAACAACAACAACAAGUGCAGCGCCCAAAUAUUACGGCCUUGCAGCAAAUUAAGCAACAACAGCUGCAACAACAACAGCAAAAAAUACAGCUAGUAAAACCAAUAGUGCAUAGCAGCAGUACGGUAACAGCGAUCGCCACAAAAACAACAACAGUUGCCAAUAUGGCAGCAACCUCGCGCACUCUAACGAGUGGGACCAUGGUGAAUGGUGGUAUCAAUACAGUUCCUAGCAGCAAUAGUAACGCCAGCAAUAUCAAUAAUAAGGGUGGCAAUGUUGUUGUUGCCACAACGACAGCGCUGGCGGUAAAAACGUUGCCAACGGCAGCUGUAUUGCCACAAAAGCAGCAACAGCAAUUACAACAACUACAGCUGCAAUCAAAGUUGCAAAAUCAGCAGCAACAACAGCAGCAGCAACAACAGCAGCAGCAGCAACAACAACAACGUAGUCAAAACCAAAAUCAACAGCGUACAACUCAACAAACAGAACAAACGCAAGAAAACAAACAAAUUGUACCACAUCACACCCGCACCAUACCCGCCACAUCACACACAUCUACAGCUGUUGCAGAUAACAAAAGUGUUAACUCGAUUGCUCCAACCAACACGGAUGGUUCCGCUGGUGCAGAAGUCGCAAAUGCCGAGCCCGAGGUUGAGCCAGAGAUCGACAUUGUUAUCAACAAUGUUGUUUGCUCAUUUAGCGUACGCUGCCAUUUAAAUUUGCGCGACAUUGCGCUUAAAGGAUUCAAUGUAGAGUAUCGACGAGAAAACGGUAUGGUCACAAUGAAACUGCGGCGACCAUAUACAACAGCAUCAAUCUGGUCAUCGGGCCGAAUCACUUGCACUGGAGCCACGUCCGAGGAGCAGGCGAAAAUUGCAGCACGACGUUAUUCACGCUGUCUUGAAAAACUUGGUUUUCGUGUGCGUUUCCAAAAUUUCCGAGUUGUAAAUGUGCUCGGUACAUGCAGUAUGCCUUGGGCUAUUAAAAUUUUAAAUUUCUCAGAGAGAUUUAAGAAAGAGGCCAGUUAUGAGCCCGAAUUACAUCCUGGCGUCACAUAUAAACUACGUUAUCCAAAGGCCACUUUGAAAAUAUUCUCCACCGGCAGUAUAACUGUGACGGCUGCCAGUGUUGCUAAUGUACAGGCUGCCAUAGAACAUAUAUUUCCACUGGUGUAUGAAUUCCGUAAGAAACGUUCUCCCGAAGAAUUGGAGCAAUUACGCAUUAAACAACAACGUGCUGCCUCAGUUGAUGUCACUGAACUGGAAGAGGUGCUAAAUACUGACGUUGCCGUUGAGACUUCUACCACAAGUGUGCCAACAACAUUACAAAAACAUAGACGGAUAAGCAAUAGCGCACUUAAUAGUUUUAAGCAAAAGCGGCGAAGACUUGAUAUCAAUGGUGGAGGUGUUCAUGUUGAUGGGCAAGAUGUAUCAUUGAUAGCUGAUGAAGAGGUCGACGAUCCAGAUGUAAAGGAAAGCGACGAUAAUAUUGUGAUGUAUGAUCCGGAUGAUUUAAUUGAAGGACCCGAUGAUGAGGAUGAUGAUCUUUAAAUAAUAAAUAAAAUAAAAAA